AAAUCUUGCUUGCACCAAUCCCAAAAAUAUAUAUAUAUACCUUAACUUCAGAUUGAAUCGCAAGCAGGGGAGACAAGGAGAGCUUGGUUUUUGACAAAUAGGCUAAAAAACAAUUGCAAGGUUUUCGUAGUGAUAUAUAUUAGUAUCUGUCGUACGUACGUAUAUAUGAACGCAUGAGUCACGUGCGGAAAGCUUUGACACUGUUUGAAAAGGUAAACGGUAGGUGUUUUCACCCUCAUUGGCCGCUCUCUUACAAAUCUCCUAAUCAUCUGCCACCACAAACAAGGCUGUUGUCUUCCAUUAGUUCUUCAGCCACGUCUACCAUGUCGAAUACUGCUGGUCUUGUUAUUCCCUGCAAAGCGGCUGUUGCAUGGGAAGCGGGGAAGCCAUUGGUGAUUCAGCAAGUGGAAGUUGCUCCACCACAGGCCAUGGAAGUGAGGAUCAAAAUCAAGUAUACCUCACUUUGUCACACUGAUCUCUACUUUUGGGAAGCCAAGGACCAGACGCCAUUGUUUCCUCGAAUAUUUGGCCAUGAAGCAGCCGGGAUUGUGGAGAGUGUAGGUGAAGGUGUAGCAGGCCUUGAGGUCGGAGAUCAUGUGCUUCCAGUGUUCACAGGGGAGUGUGGAGAAUGUGCUCAUUGCAAGUCUGAGGAAAGCAAUAUGUGUAACCUGCUGAGGAUUAAUACAGACAGAGGUGUCAUGCUUAGUGAUGGAAAGUCUAGGUUUUCAAUCAACGGAACACCUAUAAAUCAUUUUGUUGGUACAUCAACCUUUAGUGAGUACACAGUUGUUCACUCAGGCUGUCUAGCGAAGAUCAAUCCAUUAGCACCUUUGGAUAAAGUCUGUGUACUCAGUUGUGGCAUCUCAACAGGAUUGGGUGCUACUCUUAAUGUGGCAAAACCCAAAAAGGGUGCCUCAGUAGCUAUCUUUGGAUUGGGAGCUGUUGGACUAGCAGCUGCAGAAGGUGCAAGGAUUGCUGGAGCAUCUAGAAUUAUAGGGGUGGAUUUCAAUCCUGGAAGGUUUGAGGAAGCCAAGAAGUUUGGAGUAACAGAAUUUUUGAACCCCAAGGACUAUGACAAGCCAGUUCAAGAGGUUAUUGCUGAGAUGACAAACGGUGGGGUUGACAGGAGCGUUGAAUGCACUGGCAGCAUUAGGGCCAUGAUUUCAGCUUUUGAAUGUGUCCACGAUGGGUGGGGUGUGGCUGUUCUUGUUGGAGUGCCUAGCAAGGAAGCAGUGUUCAUGACCAAGCCCAUCAAUGUGCUUAACGAAAGGACAUUGAAAGGAACUUUCUUUGGAAACUACAAACCCCGGACCGAUCUCCCAACCGUUGUUGAUAUGUACAUGAACAAGAAGCUGGAGCUGGAUAAAUUUAUAACUCAUCGACUCCCUUUCUCGGAGAUCAACAAGGCCUUUGAGCUCAUGGUUAAGGGGGAGGGUUUGCGGUGCAUUAUUAGCAUGGAAGACUAGAAUUGUGUUGCCCACUUGCAAUAUCAAUCUAACUUGUUCAAUACAAGGGUAGAAGUUUCUAUCGAGACUAGCUUUUCUGUACUUCAAUUACGAAGAACUUGAAGGCGAACCUUCUUUCUGAAAUAAAAUACGACUACUGUUGCAUUAUACCUCAAUCAAGUUUACAUGUUUUUAUAUGAAGUGAUAUUUAGCAUCCAUAAAUAAUCUACUAAAAGCUUAUGGAAGUUUUCAUUGACAAUAACAAGGACAACCCACACUUGCUCCGUAAAUUUAUCAAAAUAUGCUCCAAAUUUGCGUAG